UUUUCCGUGGGGUUGAUCUUCUGCUCGUGCUGGGCGGCUCCGGUGUGAACUCCUCUCCGCUGCACCACAGCUGCAUGUUUCAGUUCCCUCCGUGAGGACUCGAUCUCUCCAAGGACCAUGAGACACUUCUCUAAAUAAUUUAUUAUCAUUUUUUAUUCCAAUAUGUUGCGGGUCAUAGUUGAAUCCGCAUUUGGGAUACCAAAAAAGAAACUUGGAAACCCAGACCCCAUAGCAGCGGUUGUCUUUAAAGGUGAAAAAAAGAAAACCAAAGCAAUCGACAAUGACUUGAAUCCAGUUUGGAAUGAAGUUCUUGAGUUUGAUCUGAAAGGCUUUCCUUUGGAUGCAUCGUCAUUCAUCGAUGUAGUUGUGAAAGACUAUGAGACAAUCGGGAAGGACAAGUUGAUUGGCACUGCCAAGAUCUCUCUGAAAGACCUGGCCAGCGGGCAUAUGAGCUCCUUCCCAUCCAAGAAUGUGCCACUGAUCAAUGAGAAACAACAACCGACUGGGGCCACCAUUAAUUUGCUAAUCGGAUAUGAGCCGCCUGCCAACACAACUCCCAAUCUGAAUGACCAGGAAGAUGGAGACUUGUUGCAGAUGGAUGGUGGGGACGGUGGUGAUGGAGACGAAGGAGAUGCCGAUAUGGAUGGGGCCGGUGAAGGUGGAGGUCCAGGAGCUCCCUUUUCACCAGGGCAGCCUGGGAAGCCCAGCCACAAACCUCUCCGCCUCAACCGAAAGAGGCACAGAGCCCUGGCAAAUAAGCCACAGGACUUCCAGAUUCGCGUUCGGGUUAUCGAAGGCCGCCAGCUGCCAGGAAACAACAUCAAGCCAGUGGUUAAAGUGAAUGUGUGUGAACAGACCCACAGAACCAGAAUUAGAAGAGGAAACAACCCAUAUUUUGACGAGAUGUUCUACUACAACGUCAACAUGCUGCCCUCAGAACUGUUUGAUGAGAACAUUAGCCUCCGGGUUUAUGACUCCUUUUCUCUCAGAGCUGACAGUCUAAUCGGAGAGUUCAAGCUGGAUGUUGGCUACAUAUAUGAAGAACCUGGCCAUGCCAUAAUGAGGAAAUGGCUCCUUCUGGGCGAUACCGAUGACUCCAACUUGGGGGCCAGAGGUUAUUUGAAAGUCAGCAUAAUGGUUGUGGGAACUGGAGACGAGCCACCGACUGAGAGGAGAGACGUGAGCGAGGAGCUGGACGACAUAGAGGGCAAUCUUUUAGUGCCAGCCGGAGUCACAAUGCGAUCCGCCGUCAUAAACCUCAAAGUCUAUCGUGCAGAGGACAUGCCACAGAUGGACGACGCCUUCGUUCAGUCAGUGAAACAAGUAUUUGGUGGGGAAGGAGACAGAAAAAACCUGGUGGAUCCAUAUUUGGAAGUCAGCUUUGCAGGGAAAAAGCUGCGCACCAAAAUCGUUGAGAAAAACGCUAAUCCAGAGUGGAAUCAGCUCCUCAAUCUCCAAGUUAAAUUCCCGUCCAUGUGUGAACGCAUCAAGCUGACUCUGUAUGACUGGGAUCGCCUAACCAGAGAUGAUGCCAUUGGAACAACAUUUUUGAAUCUGAGCAACAUGUCCUCUUCUGGUGGAGAGAUUGAAGAUGAGCGGGCUGAAAACAGCAAGACGGUCUCUGAAAUGAGUGCUGCUGCGUCCGAAGUUGGCUUCCUCCCAGUGUUUGGACCCUGCUAUGUUAAUCUGUACGGAAGCCCAAGAGAGUACACUGGCUUGCCUGACCCAUACGAGGACCUCAACUUUGGGAAGGGGGAAGGGGUUGCCUACCGGGGCAGAGUCCUUGUUGAACUGUCCACACAGUUGGAUGAAAAGGUUGACAAGACUGUGGAUGACAUCUCCAAUGACGACAUCCUAGUGACUCAGAAAUACCAGCGGAGGAGGAAGUACUCUCUGUGCGCUGUUUUCCACAGUGCUUGCAUGCUUCAGGAGCCAGGAGAGCCAAUUCAGUUCGAAGUCAGCAUUGGCAACUACGGCAACAAGCUGGACUCCACCUGCAAACCUCUGGCCUCCACUACUCAGUACAGCUUCGCUGUGUUUGAUGGUAAUCACUACUAUUACCUGCCCUGGGCUGACACUAAGCCUGUAGUGAUCCUCACUUCGUAUUGGGAAGACAUCAGUCAUCGUCUCGACUCCGUCAACGUUCUCCACUUCAUUGCCGAGAGACUGGAGUCCCACCUGACGUCUUUGAAAACAGCCAUCUUAGCCAAGGAGCCUGAGACACGUCUGGCAGAGAUUUGGCUCAAACUCAUCAACCACAUGAUGGAGGAUCUAAACAGUUUCAAGCUUCCUAAUCUGGCGAAUCAGCCUAAUAUCACAGUCCUGGACCUCCAAUUGAAAACCCUGCGCGAUGCUGCUGUGGAAAGCAUCAAACAGAUGGCAGGCCGCAUGAGAGAAGAGGCCACAGAUGUGAAAGCUACUGUUGGGGAUAUUGAAGACUGGUUGGAAAGAAUCAAACAGCUGGCAGAGGAGCCUCAGAGUAGCGUGCCUGACGUGAUCAUCUGGAUGCUGCGAGGGGAGAAGCGUGUGGCUUAUGCCCGAGUUCCAGCCAACCAAAUCCUGUACUCUAACUUCAGCGAGCAGGCCUGUGGCAAACACUGCGGAAAGACUCAGACCAUCUUCAUGCAGUACCCCAUGGACAAAAACAAAGGAGUGAAGAUUCCCGUGCAGCUGCGAGUCAACAUGUGGCUCGGUCUCUCUGUCCACGAGAAGAAGUUCAACAGCUUCUCAGAGGGAAACUUCAGUGUCUAUGCAGAGAUGUAUGAGAACCAGGCCCAGGUGUUUGGGAAGUGGGGAACCACCGGUCUGGUUGGUCGCCAUAAGUUCUCAGAUGUGACUGGAAAGGUGAAACUCAAACAAGAGCGUUUUCUUCCACCGCGCAGCUGGGAGUGGGAUCAGGACUGGUUCGUUGACCCUGAGAGAUGCCUGUUGACAGAAGCAGAUGCGGGCCACACGGAGUUCACCGAUGAAGUUUUUCAGAAUGAAACACGUUUUCCUGGCGGCGAGUGGAAGCCUGCCGCGGAGCCUUACACAGACGUGAAUGGAGAAAAAGCUCAGAGCCCAGGGGAGUUUGAAUGUCCCUCAGGAUGGGCCUGGGAGGACGACUGGACCUUUGACAGCAACAGAGCUGUGGAUGAGGGAGGUUGGGAAUACGGAGUUACUAUUCCACCAGACGAUAAACCCAAAUCUUGGGUUGCGGCAGAGAAGAUGUACCACAUCCACCGCAGGAGGAGACUCAUCAAACCAAGAAGGAAGAUAUCAGACAAAACAGCUGUUGCUGAGAGACGAGAACCGGGAGAAGGUUGGGAAUACUCUUCCCUGAUUGGCUGGAAGUUCCACAGAAAGGAGCGCUCCUCUGACACGUUUCGCCGUCGCCGUUGGAGGAGAAAGAUGAUCCCAUCAGACUGCAUCGGGGCUUCGGCUAUUUUCAAACUGGAAGGAGCAUUAGGGGUUGACGUCGAUGAGAAAGCCAGUAAAAAGGAUGCAGCCAAGCUGUUUGGCGCAAACACACCCACUGUUUCCUGCCAUUUUACCCGCUCCUACAUUUACCAUCUGAGGGUGUACAUUUAUCAGGCGAGAAACCUUUGUGCCAUGGACAAAGACAGCUUCUCAGAUCCCUAUGUCCAUGUGUCAUUUCUACACAUGAGUAAGACCACAGAAGUCGUGCGAACCACACUGAACCCCACCUGGGAUCAGACUCUCAUCUUUGAGGACAUCGAAAUUUAUGGAGACCCACAGACAGUUGCCCACAACCCUCCAGAUGUGGUGCUGGAGCUGUACGACAGUGAUCAAGUGGGUAAAGAUGAGCCCAUGGGUCGCUGCACAUGCCCCCCUUUGGUAAAACUGAACCCAGGGGUGGAUGUCACUCCUAAGCUGCUGUGGUUUCCAGUCACCAAAAAGGGUCGUGGAGCUGGAGAGGCACUGCUCGCCGCUGAGCUCCUACUGAAGGACAAGUCUAAAGACGGUGAUAUGCCUCUGGUGCCACCCCGGCGUGGGGAGAAACUCUACAUGGUUCCUCAGGGAAUCAGACCAGUGGUGCAGCUGACUGCGAUUGAGGUCUUGACUUGGGGCUUGAGGAACAUGAAGAGCUACCAGCUCGCCACGGUGUCCUCGCCCAGCCUGGUGGUGGAGUGCGGCGGUGAGGUUGUUCAAACUGCGGUGAUCAAAAACUUCAAAAAGAACCCCAACUUUCCAGGAUCUGUCCUGCUACUCAAAGUGCUUCUUCCUAAAGAGGAGAUGUACACCCCUCCCAUCGUGCUGAAAGUCGUUGACCACAGGCCGUUUGGGAGGAAACCCGUCGUGGGUCAGUGCACCAUUGACUGUCUGGAGGAGUUCCGCUGUGACCCUUACCGUCUCAACAAUGAAGCGUGCAUGUCUGCUCGAGUGGCGAUGAUAACUGCGGCUCAAGGAGACGUUGUCAUAGACAUUGAGGAUAGACCCAUCAUGAAAACGGAGCGACUGGAAGAAAUCGAAGAAGAGGCAGUCGACUGGUGGAGUAAGUUCUAUGCCUCCGUUGGAGAUCAGGAAAAGUGUGGGCCCUACCUCAAAAAGGGAUACGACACAUUACAGGUAUACGCCUCUGAAUUAGAGGAAGUUCAGGAGUUCCACGGACUCACUGAUUUCUGCAGCACUUUUAAACUUCAGCGGGGAAAGAGUGAAGACGAGGAGGACGAUCCGUCUGUGGUGGGAGAGUUCAAGGGCUCAUUCAAGAUUUACCCAUUGCCUGAUGAUCCAGGGAUUCCAGUUCCUCCUCGCCAGUUCCGCGAGCUUCCUGAGAGCGGACCACAGGAGUGCUUGAUCAGGAUAUAUGUGGUCCGCUGCAUUGACCUGCAGCCCAAGGAUACAAAUGGCAUGUGUGACCCCUACAUCAAGAUUACGCUGGGGAGGAAAACGCUUGAUGACAGAGACAAUUACAAAGCCAACACCCUCAAUCCAGAGUUUGGAAGGAUGUUUGAAAUGUCCUGCUUCCUGCCUCAAGACAAAGAUCUGAAGAUUUCGGUUUAUGACUACGACUUACUGAGCCGAGAUGAAAAAGUGGGCGAGACGGUCAUCGAUUUGGAGAACAGGCUCCUCUCCCGUUUCAGGUCCUGCUGUGGCCUGCCACAAACAUACUGCGUGUCAGGGAUCAACCAGUGGAGAGAUCAGCUGAAGCCUUCUCAGAUCCUUCAGAAUGUAGCCAGAGUGAGAGGCGUCCCUCCUCCACACUUUGAGGCAGAUGCCAGCUCGCUCACCUUCUCAGGAAAACAAUACAACCUGCAGGAUUUUGAGAGGAACACUGUGACCCACGCACACCUUGGCCCACCCAGAGAGAGGCUCGCCCUGCAUGUCCUCAGAAGCCAGGGAUUGGUACCCGAGCACGUGGAGACCAGAACCCUGUGCAGCUCCCACCAACCAAACCUGUCCCAGGGACGGAUUCAAAUGUGGGUUGACGUUUUCCCCAAGAGCCUUGGGCUGCCUGGGCCUCCGUGCGACAUCACUCCACGCAAAGCCAAGAAGUACUCCUUGCGGGCAAUAAUUUGGAACACAACCGAUGUCAUUCUGGAUGAGAGAAGCAUCACUGGAGAAAACAUGAGUGACAUCUACGUCAAAGGAUGGAUGCCUGGAAUGGAGGACGACAAGCAGAAAACUGACGUCCACUACAGAUCCCUGGACGGAGAUGGAAAUUUCAACUGGAGAUUCAUCUUUGAGUUUGACUAUCUGCCUGCAGAACAGCUGUGUGUCAUGUCUCGGAAAGAACACUUCUGGAAUCUGGACAAAACCGAGUUUAGGAUCCCUCCGAAGUUGUUUGUCCAAAUAUGGGACAAUGACAAGUUCUCCCUGGAUGACUACCUAGGUUCAGUUGAGUUGGACCUGCUGAAUCUCAUCCCUCCUGCCAAGACCCCAGAAAAAUGCAGCCUAAAGAUGAUACCUGGGAUGCCUGGUUCCACCUCCUCCAAAAAACCGCAGCCCAACUCACUUUUCUCCCAGAAGUCUGUGCGAGGCUGGUGGCCAUGCGCAAUAGAGAAAGAUGGAAAACACGUCCUUGGCGGGAAAGUCGAGAUGACACUGGAAAUAGUGGAGGAGAAAGAAAUGGAGGAAAGACCUGCCGGAAAGGGCAGGGAUGAGCCCAACAUGAAUCCCAAACUGGACCCGCCCAACCGCCCUGACACGUCAUUCUUCUGGUUUACAAACCCCUGCAAGACCAUGAAAUUCAUUGUGUGGCGCAGAUUCAAGUGGAUCUUCAUACUGGGGGUUGUCUUCCUGCUGAUUGCCCUCUUCCUUGGGAUUCUGUUCUACUCCCUUCCAAACUACAUCUCAAUGAAGAUUGUGAAGCCAUUCUCCUGAAAGGCAUCAUCAAGAGGAUGCCCAAGAUUAUGCAGUAGAAACCAUGGCUCGGCUGUCUAUCGACAUCCAUACAAUAAUAAUCAAGACUGUUUUUCUGCUGCUGCCAGAGGAAACAUGUACUCAAAAUUUUCUUGUCACAAUCACAGCUGUUCUUCUUCAAUUUUGCACUUUCAGUAUUACUUGUAUCUCUUGUGUACCUAAUGCAAACAACCGCUUUUAUGUUUAAGUAAAAUAAUGUGAAAAAUCAUAUUUUAAUACAUUUUGAUACUUAAAUUUUUUUCUGAUUUACCUUUUUUCAUUGUCUUAGAAAUAUGCACAGAACAUAGUUAAAAAUUUUGUUAUUUACAUGUGGAUGUGACAUGGUGCAAUAAAGUGGUUAUCUUUCCUAACGUA